GGUCCGGCACAGAGGGCUAGACCGCGCGGGAGGCAUGAAGGGGCCCGAGCUGCGCCCCAAUUCCUGGCACCUCGCGCUGCUCUUCUUCACUUACCUGGUGACUUCGCAGGAGCAGGACGGCCUUUCUAUUGCUGCGGCCGCAAAGAACUGUGUCUGCAAGGGCAAAAAUCACUGCUAUUGUGAUGGAACUAAAGGCAGUAAGGGUGAAAAGGGCUUUCCUGGUUACCCUGGCCCACCUGGUCAGAUGGGUUUCCCUGGCCCAGAGGGUCCCCCUGGACCACAAGGACCCAAGGGCUUCCCAGGGCCAGUUGGCUAUGCUGGACCUAAAGGUUCAAGGGGUAGACCAGGAGUUCCCGGUUAUUCAGGUCCCCCAGGUCUUCCGGGUGAACCCGGAAAUGCUGGUCCUCCAGGUCGUCUAGGUAUACCGGGAUGCAAUGGGACAAAGGGUGAGAGGGGGUUUCCAGGGCUUCCAGGACAAGGAGGACUUCCAGGAUUACCAGGUCCUAAAGGCACCAAAGGAGGAAAAGGCUGUCCUGCAAAUGGAUAUGACCAGAGUUAUAGUUCUCAAGCUGAUCCUGGAUUGCCAGGUAUACCUGGAUCUCAGGGUGAACCAGGACCUCCAGGAUCACCAGGGUUGACUGGGCCAGAAGGCCCUCCAGGUUUUCCAGGAGCACUAGGAAGACCAGGAUUUCCAGGUCCCAAGGGUCUCAUGGGUGUGAAAGUCAUUGGAGCCAAAGGAAUAAAGGGUGACAGUGGGCUAAUGGGGGCCCCUGGACCAACAGGAACAGUUAUCGUAACACUGACUGGAGCUGAUAACAUAACGGAAUUAAAAGGAGAUAAAGGUGAUAUGGGUUUUCCAGGACCCGCUGGACCCCGAGGAGAACCGGGUUUCCCUGGUGAUUUUCAAAGUGCAAAAGGAGAACCUGGAGAGCCAGGAGCUCAGGGUAGGCUUGGGAAGGAUGGUACCACUGGUCCACCUGGCUUGCCGGGAGAAAAAGGAGAACAGGGUAUCCCAGGAUUGACUGGAAAAGUUGGCUCUCAGGGGAGGAAAGGUGAAGUUGGCCGACAAGGAAUUCAGGGUCCAACAGAGUAUUAUGAUGAAAUACCUGGUGAAAAAGGAAAUAAGGGCUACUCAGGACCCCCAGGACUUAAAGGCCAACGUGGAGCACCUGGAUCGCAAGGUCCCUCUGGUGCCAUUGGUAGGCCAGGUGUUUCAAGACCUGGUCCCAGAGGUCCUCCAGGCUCUUCAGGCCUCAACGGAAGGAAAGGAGAUAGAGGACAACCUGGCAUAAAUGCUAUUGGACCACCAGGACUUCCUGGACCUCCAGGACGACCUGGCCCAGCAGGAUCACCAGGUCUUUCAGGACAACCAGGUCCAAUAACUUUUGAAAGAGGCCCACUAGGAACCCCUGGAACUCCAGGAUGCAUGGGACCUCCAGGCCUUUUAGGACCUAGUGGAGCAAAAGGUGAAGAAGCAGGCCCAUGCAACCAGUGUACCUAUAUUAUGGGAGCACCUGGCAUUCCUGGUGUUCCGGGGGCAGAGGGUCAACAAGGAAUUAAAGGUGUGGAUGGAAUAUUUGGCCUUAAAGGAUCCCAAGGAUCCCCUGGGCAGCAGGGAUCUCCUGGAGUUCAAGGACUUGAAGGUCUUCCAGGAAACCAAGGCCUUAAAGGAUCGAAAGGUGUAUCUGUAUAUAUGCAGCCAGAAGGUCCAAAAGGUGACAGAGGAGAACCAGGACUCAGAGGAAGCCCAGGAGGGAAAGGGUUGGAUGGGUCACCUGGGAAAUCUGGAUUGGAAGGCUCAAGAGGUCCUGUAGGAACACAGGGAUUUGAUGGUCCAAAAGGGGAUAGAGGUGCACAAGGAUCAGUUGGUAACCCAGGUCUUCCUGGAGAGGUAGGGCUAUCUGGACCACCAGGAUAUGGGCCACAAGGAACAGAAGGUUCUAAAGGAUCUCAAGGAAAUCCUGGUUUGCCUGGUUUGCUUGGAGUAGCUGGGCCCAAAGGUGAAACUGGUAAAGUAAAUGCAAUUCCUGGCCCACCUGGACCUCAAGGGCCAGAUGGGAGAACUGGACUACAAGGAGAAAGAGGUAGUGUUGGAUCCAGAGGGCAGCAUGGGGACCCAGGCCUCCCAGGACCAAAAGGUGACCCAGGCUUAAAAGAGAUUGGAUUUCCUGGUUAUCCUGGUCUGAAAGGAGAUAAAGGACCUCAAGGAUCUAAAGGACUACCAGGUUGCCCAGGAAAAUUAGGAGAACCAGGCUUACCUGGAAAACCUGGGAUUCUGGGACAAAAGGGUGAAUUAGGCCAAAGUAUUCCUGGACAACAAGGUAGACUAGGUUCACAAGGCGAAGAGGGUAUGUCAGGUGAGAAGGGUGAAAGAGGAUUCCCUGGACUUCCAGGACUUCCAGGUCAACAAGGUCGUGAUGGUGCUGAUGGACCGAGAGGUGAAACUGGGUCUCCUGGAGUCCCAGGAGAAAAGGGCAUUCGAGGAAAAAUAGGUGAUUGCCGUAUUGGCUUACCAGGACCACGAGGUCCAUGUGGACCAAUAGGCCCGCAAGGAGAUAGAGGAGUAUUAGGAGCCAAAGGAGAUCCAGGUAUUCCAGGAUUAGAUAUCCCAGGCUUCCCAGGACAAUUUGGGCUUCCUGGAUUACUUGGCCUUCAAGGAGAUGAAGGAUUGCCAGGCAUCAGGGGACAGCCUGGCAGGCCUGGAGUACCAGGUAGACCAGGUCCAAGAGGAGAACUAGGCUUGAUUGGCACUGUAGGUAUUCCUGGAUUUCCUGGUGUUUUUGGAAAUCCAGGCCUGCCUGGAAGCCGAGGUUCUCCUGGCUUUCCAGGACCAAAAGGAAGAAAGGGGUAUUCAGGGGAAAAGGGUGAACCGGGUGAUAAAGGUCCUCCUGGAACAUCAGAGUCCAAAGUGCAUUUUGGAGCUAAAGGAGACAGAGGAGCUAAAGGGUUUCCAGGACAAAUGGGAAUCAAGGGAGAAAGAGGAGAGCAAGGUGUGCAAGGAUGUGUGGGUCCUAAUGGGCUACCAGGAACACCAGGUCCACCAGGUUCCAAAGGAGAUAAAGGUCUUCCAGGAAUUCCUGGGGGUCUGGGAUUGCCAGGAGCUCCAGGAGACAGAGGGAACAUGGGAGUGCCAGGUCCCAGAGGUGAGCAAGGCUCUUCAGGUUUGCCUGGAUCAUCAGGUAUACCCGGGCCACCUGGCUUUCUUGGUAUUCCAGGGGAUAAAGGAGAACCAGCCUGCCCUGGAACUGGGCUUCCAGGCAUCCCAGGACAAAAGGGUGAUCCGGGUUUCCCAGGAGAAAGAGGAAGAAAUGGUGAAAGUGGAUCACCAGGUCGACCAGGGCUUGUAGGAGAACCCGGACUACCUGGGAAAAGAGGGAAUAGUGGUUUACCAGGAAUUCCAGGACAAUCAGGACCUGCAGGCAAUAAAGGGAGAAAGGGUAGUAAAGGAUUACCAGGACAAAAUGGCAUCUGUGGCUCUCCAGGUUCAGUUGGUCAACCUGGUGAAGAUGGACCAGUUGGUGAAAAGGGUAGUCAAGGGCGUGAUGGUAUUCCUGGCCCUCCUGGAGAAAAGGGAGCCCAAGGUUUCCCAGGGCUGCAAAUUCCUGGCCCUCAAGGUGUUCCAGGACCUAAAGGUGUCAAAGGAGAUAUGGGAGUGGUUGGUUUUCCAGGACUACAAGGAGAUAAAGGUCUUAUGGGGGACCAAGGACCAAGUGGACCUCCUGGCUUACCCGGACAACCAGGACUUCCAGGGGAAUCAGGCAUAAGAAUUGCUGGCCCAAAAGGAAAUAAAGGUCCCCCUGGUCCAGAUGGGAAACCAGGUGUUCCUGGUAUUCCAGGACCUGCUGGACUCCCUAGCUACAGUAUUAAAGGCAGCAAAGGUGUUCGAGGUGCAGAUGGCUUACCAGGUCCACCGGGAACUAGAGGUGGUGUUGGUCUACCUGGUCCAGCCGGAAUUGAAGGUAACCCUGGCUAUCAAGGUCCUAGAGGUGAACCUGGUUUUCCAGGAUUUCCAGGGAGAAAAGGUGAAAAGGGUAAUAGGGGAUCACCUGGACCAACAGGAAUGGCAGGGCCUGGAGGGCCAAAGGGACUACCUGGUCCACCUGGACCAUCCGUGAAAGCAGUCUCUUUCCCAGGAAGCCCAGGACCUGCUGGACCUCCAGGAAACCCAGGAGGUCCAGGAGAUCCAGGUCCAAGAGGACCACCAGGGUUGCCAGGACCUCCUGGUAUAAAGGGCCAGCCAGGCCGUUUUGGGAUUCCAGGUAUAUCUGGGCCACCUGGACUAAAAGGAGACAAGGGAUUUCAAGGGCAAAAGGGAUUACCUGGAUUGCUUGGUUUCCCUGGUGUAAAGGGACUUCCUGGUUUCCCAGGAAGUUGCUUCUCUGGCCCAGCAAAAAGUGGCUUCAUCUUUUCUCGGCACAGCCAGUCAACAAAGAUUCCUUCAUGUCCAGCUGGGACUGCUCAAAUCUAUAGUGGCUAUUCUCUCCUUUUCGUACAAGGGAAUGAGCAAGCACAUGGACAAGACCUUGGUACAGCUGGUAGCUGCCUUCAAAGAUUUACCACCAUGCCCUUUUUAUUAUGUAAUCCCAGUAACAUUUGUAGGUUUGCUUCUCGCAAUGACUAUUCAUACUGGUUGACAACAGCAGAACCAAUGCCUUCAGAUAUGGCACCGAUUUCUGGGAAAGCUCUGGAGCCCUAUAUUAGCAGGUGCACCGUCUGUGAAGGCCCUGCAAUGAUGAUAGCAGUCCACAGCCAAACAACUUCAGUUCCACCGUGCCCUCAAGGAUGGCAGUCUCUUUGGAAAGGAUUUUCUUUUGUUAUGUAUACAGGGGCAGGCUCAGAAGCUUCUGGACAAAUGCUGGCAUCUCCAGGGUCAUGCUUAGAAUUUUUUUAUGCCAUUCCAUUUAUUGAAUGUCAUGGCCGAGGGACAUGCAAUUAUUACUCAAACUCCUACAGUUUCUGGUUGGCUUCACUAAAUUCAAGAAGAAUGUUCAGGAAACCAUUACCACAGACUUGGAAAGCUGGAGAAUUGGAAAAAAUAAUCAGUCGCUGUCAAGUCUGCAUGAGGAAAUCUAACUAAACAAAACUGUCAUUAGAGAAUAAAACUCAAGUUUUGUGGCACAGCACAAAACUAAACUAAACUACAACAAAAAGUUUUUAUGAACUUGUAAUCAACUAAAGCCAAACUGAAUUUAUACCAUGAACUUGAAAAACCAGUGCUGUAUUAUUAGUGCAAUAUUUUGACUAUUUUGUUAAUGUAAAAAUUCAGAACACUUUCUUGAAAUAAGUUGUUUGUACUUGCUGUACUGCAAGGUU